GCUGUUUGUAGUGAAAAUGAUAACAUAUCAAACAGGAAUCUAUUUCAUUUCUCGAAGUGCUCAAACAGCACAGAACAGUGUCGAUGAGCUGCGUCGAUGUCUGGCGAGAUUACUUAUCCUUUCGUUAUCUUCAAGUAAAGAAGAUCAUAAGGCGAUUAAGACUUUCUUGCGUCUAGUAACCAGUCAUCCAAUCAAGACACAGGCGUUUGGAUCUAUCGACAUCAACAUGUCACUUAUACCGAAAUUUCUUAUGAUACUAUCUUCGUAUACUGUUAUGGCGCUUCAAAUUAAUAAUGUCGUCUGA